ACAAUUCUAGUUUUUUCUUUUGUCUCUUUUCUUUUUCCUCUUCAUCUUCUUCAUCUCAUCUUCCUCUUCAGUCAUUUGUAAACAUAAAUUUAUUUUGUUCUUUCUAACAUUAUUCAUUAUUGUAGAAGUGGUUCGGAUCUAUAUAAGUAGAUAGACAUUUAUUGUUGUGUUGAGAUUCGAGCAUGGCUACAAGAUUCAAAGGGCUUUAUCACAAGAGCUUCAAGUGUUUCUCCGACAUUUUCGAUGAGAAGGAGGAGGAGAUGGAAAUUGGAUAUCCUACAGACGUUCGACACGUGUCGCAUAUCGGUUGGGACAGUUCAUCGAGUAGUGCACCUAGUUGGCUACAUGAAUUCAAGACGAGCAACACCGUUCUAGAGCCAAAUUCAUCGUGGCCAUUUCAAGAUUUGAAAUCAGCCAUGGAAGCAUUUGGAGAAGCUGAAAGCAGCAAAGAAUUGGGUAGAGAGUCAACAAAACAAAACCUGAAGAAGAAGCUCUCUUCAAAAGCCUCUCUAUUGUGUAAUCCAUGGUCACCAAGAUUCUCAAGAUCAAGCAAGGUCCUUGCUUGAUUGUUUUUAAUUUUUAAUUUUCCAUUUUUAUAUAAUAAUAUAGAGAAUAUAGUGAGAUAUUAAUUCUAAUGUUUUCAUUCGAGAUAUAUCUUUUCAAAAGUGUGUACAAA